CAAUGAUUAUUCAUGUGCUUGCAAUGGAUAGUUUUUAAUUUUUUUGCCCAGAAAAAUAACGUGGUCUGUUCCCUCUUCCAUCCAGUUCUCUUUAGUGUUUGCCAAUGUUGGAGGUGUAACUGGGGUCUGGCCCUGGACAAAGGAAUAGAGCAUGGCUCAAGUGAAAGUACAGACCCCAGCGCCCCUGGCUGGUCCUGGCCUCUCCCCCGGAGUUCCCCCGACGGCCAUGGCCAGCCCAGGAACCCUGGGUCUGCAGCCCUCCGUCAACGGCACAGGCCCGGCCCCCACACCCGCCUGCCCUGCUCCUGCAGUCGGAUAUGGGGACGCCCCUGUGUCUGUCUCACCGCCAGGCCCGCCCCAGGAGAACAUGGCAAACCCUAAAGAGAAAACUCCAAUGUGUUUGGUGAAUGAGUUAGCCCGUUUCAACAGGAUCCAACCACAGUACAAGCUCCUCAAUGAGAGAGGUCCUGCACAUGCUAAGAUCUUCACAGUGCAGCUGACUCUUGGGGAGCAGGUUUGGGAGGCGGAGGGCACCAGCAUUAAGAAGGCCCAGCACUCCACAGCUGCCAAGGCGCUGGCUGAGAGUGUCCUUCCCAGGCCAGCGCCCCGCUCCCCUAAAGUUGACGUCAACAGCAAUCCAGGCAGUAUAACACCCACAGUGGAGCUGAAUGGUCUGGCCAUGAAGAGGGGGGAGCCAGCUAUCUAUAGGCCUUUGGAUCCCAAGCCCAUGCCCAACUACAGAGCUAAUUACAACUUUAGAGGGAUGUUUAACCAAAGGUACCAUUAUCCUGUUCCUAAGAUCUUCUAUGUGCAGCUGUCUGUGGGGAGUCAUGAGUUUAUAGGUGAGGGACGCACCCGCCAAGCAGCCAGGCACAACGCUGCCAUGAAGGCCCUGCAAGCCCUGCGCAAUGAACCAAUCCCUGAACGGCCACCACAGAACCCAGAAGAAAAAGGGGAGACUGAGGAAGGCACUGAUGCCAGCAAAUCAGAGAUCAGCCUGGUCUAUGAAAUUGCCCUCAAGAGGAACUUGUCUGUUAAUUUUGAGGUUUUGAAGGAGAGCGGCCCACCACACAUGAAAAGCUUCCUGACUCGUGUCACCGUGGGGGAGUUCUCCGCUGAGGGAGAGGGCAACAGCAAGAAGCUGUCCAAGAAGCGUGCUGCUCUGUCCAUCCUGCAGGACCUAAAGAAGCUGCCCUUCAUACCCACUGUGGAGAAACCCAAGACGCACUACAAGAAACGAACCAAGACCAUCCUCAAGACGGGACCAGACUAUGGCCAGGGCAUGAACCCCAUCAGCCGUCUAGCCCAGAUCCAGCAGGCCAAAAAGGAGAAAGAGCCCGAGUACCUGCUGCUCUCUGAGAGAGGGAUGCCCCGACGUAGGGAGUUCAUCAUGCAGGUGAAGGUCAAUAACGAGGUUGCCACGGGAACAGGACCUAACAAGAAGGUGGCCAAGCGGAACGCAGCCGAGGCCAUGCUGCUACAGCUGGGAUACAAGGCUUCUACAGUCCCUCAGAGCCCCACCGAGAUGGACAACAAAGGCUGGAAUGGACAAAAGGCGUCUUUUACCGAAGCGACAAGUAACACCCAGAAGGGUCUGCUCCACCUUAGCCCCGACGUCUAUCAGGAGAUGGAGGCCAGUAGAAAGCAGGGUGGCAGUGCUCCGGGCUCCGGUGGCGGCAGUGGCGGCUCCGUCAACUACAUGACCUCCAAAGACAUGGGGCCCUGCUCUGCCCCGCUCCCCCCAGGACACCCUCCUUAUUACAGUGGCUCAUCCUCCUCACCCAGCCCGACCGCCACCAUGGCCAGGGAGCUGCUGCUUAAUGGACAGUCGCCCACAGCCGAUGCCUCACUGCCCAUGAAGGGGAAAAACCUGGCCUGUGGCGUCUCGGUGCAGCCAGCACAGCAGCUGGACUACCUGGCUCGCAUCCAGGGCUUCCAGGUGCAGUACAGUGAUGCACAGAGUGGUAAGGAUUUUGUGACCUACCUGACCCUCUCCCCUGUGCAAAUGACUUUCCAUGGCACCGGGAGCACCCUCCAAGCCAGCCAUGACCAGGCUGCUCUAAGUGCCUUGAAACAGCUGUCGGAGCAGGGACUGGACCCGGUGGAUGGCCCCAUCAAGACCAGUGAACCAUGUGGGAGGGAGGAAGGACAUUAAACAGACUAACUCAGGCACCACCACUCAGGUCUGCAAGGAUUCAAAGGCUGUCGUCUAGGAGCUGACAACCCCGAUUCCCUCCUCCUGCAUACACAAACCUGACAAACCCCUGAUCCCUCCCCCCAUUGUCCCCCACUACUUACCCCCUACCCUUCCCCUCUCCUCCCUCCCUCCUCACCCCAACCCCACGAUUGCCACUGUAUCCUGCAAAACCUGUCAACAUGCAAUAGGGUGGAUGUGCACCGAGAAAUGACCGACUAAAACACCAUUACCUGAGUCUAUGUGAAGACAACGCUAUGUUAACACCUUUAUUGAUGAUUUCAGUCAAAAAUUUAGAGGACAAAAUGAGAAAAAAAAGAAGUAUAAACUAAUGAGAUAAAUGCAUGGUACUGUAUGAAAUCAAGGGAAAUCCAAAGUGAUACACUGCAUAGACAAUUUUUCCCUUUGGAUAAAUGUUGGUAUGGUUAAAACAAAUAUGUACAUCAUGCCAUUGAAAUACAAAAGAAACAUUUUAGGGGAGAAACCAACUUGCGUACAGUAGCUUAUUUUUUCGGGGGUAUUAUGUUUCCUUUUUGUUUUGUUUUUUCUUUUUUUUUCUUUUGUUAUUUUAUUAAUCUAACAAUGCUUGAGUACUGUAUUUAAAAUUAACCAAUGCCAGUGCUGUGAAAGUUGUAGGUGUUGUCUUCAUAUAUAGUCACCCAGCUUACCUUGUAUGCUGACAUUAAAAAAAAAAAGAGUUCAUCUAUCUAUAUGGAUGUGUAUGACUUUGCAAGAGUAUCAUAUUCAGAAAAAUAACACAGAAAAGUUUUUUUUCAUGUGGACAAAAAGGACAAAACUGGUGUUAGCAGUAAUCAGUAGAAGUGUUGACCGCCCAGGAGGGAAGGUCGGACGGACCUUUGCUUCCUGUGGGGGUCUACCUGUACCGUUUUAACAUGACCCCACACUGGCAUAGCAUCACUGGAGCAUCACCUGACAACAGGCGGAGGCAAAGAGGCCCCGCGGUUGUUCUUUUUAUCUCGAAAAAGAGGCCAGUGCUGAUCGACAGUGACUAGGUUUUUUUGCGCACAUCCUCUAAUGCCAGUAAACUUUUAAAGUAGAGUCCCAUCUCCGGAGAGUUUUGUACGGGCUGCAUGUCCUCUCCAUUCCAGUGAUUUUGUGUCAGUGGAUCGUCCCCCCUUUCUCCCCCCACAGUUUUGUCGAUCACAUCUACACCCAUUGUGUGUGUUGUAUUGACCCGCCAAGGCAUCAGCUGGGUGCUUUUAAUGCCUGCAUUCUGGAGUGCAUCUUUUUGAGCGGAGAGGGAGCCUGUGGCCGACCUGCAGGCUCCCUCCCCUGAAGGCCACUUUGGAUCACUUUGUCCACUGACAUUGAGGACGUGUGUUCUUCUUCACUGUGAGUGCAAUGUGUAAUAAGGCUGUUUGUGUUACUGAAAUGCAGUAAAAACACCUCAGUUCAUGUGGAAAAAAAA